GACGCAUCUGUUCUGCCAGGUGACCCUGGGGCUCCGGGAGUAGAGAACUGGGCGGGCUCUGCGCGAGCAAACGGCACAGCCGGGCCCCGCGGGCGAGACUCCCGGCCCGGCGAGCGCGCCCCUCCCGCCACGGUAUUAACUUUAGACAUCUACCUGAGCAAGACGGAAGUAGCGCAGGUGGACGAGUCGGUGGUGACUGCGCCCGGGGCGGAAGAUUGUAGCGAUUCCGACGACAUGGAGAAGAGGUCGAGCGGCCGCAGGUCGGGGAGGCGGAGGAAGUCGCACAAGUCCACCGACUCCCCGGGGGCAGACCCGUCGCUGCCGGACCACACCGCAAAGGAUGACGCUGUUUUCGACGACGAGGUGGCUUCAAACGCGGUCGCCGAGACUGCCUCUGCGGAAAAGACAGCGAAAGCUCCGCGCGCGGCGCCCGACGGGGGCGUUACCUCCGCCGGGAGUCCGGAGCCUAAGUCCAGCCCUAGCCCCAAAGGGCAGCUCCGCGCGGAGCCGGACCGGAGCAAACAGCCGCCGCCGACUUCGUCCCCUACCAAGAGGAGGGGCAAGAGCCGCGUCCCGGAGGCCUUGCUCACCCCGCCCGCCAGCAGCCCGCGGAUUCCCGCUAAGGAGUCCCCACCCAAGAAGGUGCCGGGGCCGGACCCUGGGCCUGCAGCCAAGGGAGGCGCCGGGGAGAGCGGGGAGGAGGCAGCGCGGGUCAUCCCGCGCGAGCUGACGGUCAAGAGCAGCUCGCUCCUGCCGGAGAUCAAGCCGGAGCACAAGAGGGGCCCCCUUCCCAAUCACUUCGACGGCCGGGGAGAAGGAGGCCGAAGCAAAGAGUUGGGCAGACCGGCGGGAGGUUCUGAUCCUGAAGGCCUCAAGCCCAGGAACCACUUCGGCGCGGGCAGGUCGACCGUGACCACCAAAGUGACCCUUCCUGCAAAACCCAAACAUGUGGAACUAAAUCUGAAAACCCCUAAGAAUCCUGACAGCUUGGGAAAUGAACAUAAUGCAUUUAACCAGUCAGUCCAUAAAGGAAACACUGCCACUAAAAUCUCCUUAUUUGAAAACAAGCGGGUAAAUGGUAGCCCCAGGCACACUGAGAUCCGCGGGGCCAGGAACACGCCUGUCUCUAGUAAGACUUUUGUUGGGAGAGCAAAACUGAAUUUAGCCAAAAAGGCCAGGGAAAUGGAGCAACCUGAAAAGAAAGUAAUGCCAAAUAGCCACCAGAAUGGUGUGCUGGGGAAAGAUACCGCCACAGAAGCCAAAGUUACUCUCCCUGAAGAGGAGAUGCCACAAGGGGCCGGGAGCCCGGGUGUGCAGGGCACAGAAGGUGAACCUCCCAAGGGUGAAGUUCUCAGUUCUCAGCUGCACCCAGAUGAUAAAGCGGCUGUUCAGACAGCUGCUGGCUCCCUCUUAGAGCCAGUGAUUACUGCUCAGAUUCCUGUCAAAGACCACAAGUUCUUAGGAGAGGUUGCUACAGCACAGGAUGCUGCCAUUCCUGAUACCAAUAAUUCAGCUUUGGCAGCCACAGCAAAGUCACAGGAUAAAACUUUUGACUCACCGUCCACAGCUGACUCAUCUGAUGGGCCUUCUCUUUCACCGCCUGCACCCAGUUCUCUGGAUGUUCCCAGUGGCACUUGUGCUCAAGCUCCCAAAAGCAAUUUUCCGUGCUCUGAUCUAAAAGUGUCAGAAAACCAUAACGGAUAUGUUUUGCCUGUGUCUCAGCAAGAUGAGAAAAUGGCCCCCAUCACACUUACAGGCAGAGAAGGAGAGGGAGGAGAAGCAAGCCUUCCUCUGCCCACAGAGCACAGUCCAGAAUCUGAGGGAAAUGAGGGUCCCUCCAAGGUCCUCGUCCAGGUCAGGUCCUUCGUGCUCCCAGUGGAGAGCACCCAGGAUGUCGGCUCCCACAUCAUCUCAGAUAGCUCUGAAGUCAGAGAAGUGCAGUUGCCAAGUUGUAGCAGUAAUGAACUUGAAGUGGUUUCAGUUGCAAGUUGUGCUCCCCAGAAAGAGGAAGUGCUGGGUAAUCCAAGCACAUCCCCCAAACACUUGCAGUGCAGAGAAGAACCUCUAGCAACAUCUGGUGCACAGGUCAUGCCACUGGACUCAGAGAAAAUGUUGCCCAUCCCCGCUCAAAGUCAGGGCAACAGAACACCCCUGCCUACCGGCUCCAGCCCCGCUCAAGCCCCUGGCAACAGUAUUGUGAAUGGCCAGGACAGCCCUGACAAUCAUUUGAACAUUUCUGCUGGCAGUGAUGUACUUGAUUCUUCUUCUGAUAUGGAAAAAUUCACUGAAAUCAUCAAGAAGAUGGACUCCGCUGCCUGUGUGCCCCAGAAGAAAAAGAAGUCCAGACUGCCAAACUCUCCUGCUCCCCACUUUGCCAUGCCUCCUAUCCAUGAGGACAAUUUAGAAAAGGUGUUUGAUCCCAAUGUAUUUACCUUCGGUUUGGGGAGUAAGAAAGAAAGCCAGCCGGAAGUGUCACCCGCUCUGCAGCUAAUGCAGAAUCUUGACGCAAAAUCCAAACAGAGGCCUAAACGAACAUCGGCCGAGCAGAGUGUCCUCUUCAAGUCCUUGCAGACUCACACUCAUGGGAAGGAUGAGUUUUCAGGGACUCCAGAAAUAAAUGGCAAAGAGAACAGGGAUGUCUUGACUGGUGGAGUUAAGAGAUCAAGACUAGAAAAAAGCGCGCUGUUCUCAAGUAUCCUGUCUUCUCUACCACAAGACAAAAUCUUUUCUCCCUCUGUGACUUCUGUCAACACGAUGACCACAUCUUUCAGCACUUCUCAGAACACUUCUCUUUCUCGAUCUUCCACGUCACAGUCCGUGGCUGACGGUGCCCCACCCUGCGGUUCAGACAAAGAACAGCCACAUCUUCUACCCAACAACUCCUUAAAGGUCUUCAAUUUUGACUCCUCAAGUACUUCUCAUUCGGGUCUGAAAAGUCCAAGCUACAUGGAAAACAAAAAAGAGCUGGACUCACGAAGCAGCCUACUCUUGUCAGAAAACAAAUUUUCUGAAAUUUUAAAACCGAAGAACGAUGGUAUGGAUAAAGUUAAUCCAAUUGAAGGUGUCCUGAAGCCCAACUUGCCGAACUAUGGAAACAGUGACGCAGACUACGUGGGUCUUUUCAAAUCCAGCCGCUUUGACCCGAACAUAUCUUUCUCUGGAAUGUCCUUAUCAGACACAACAACACUUAGAGGAAGUGUCCUACAUAAAGUCAACCCCCGACCUGGAAAGGUGGUGGUAUAUGGCAAGCCAGAUCUCUCUGAGGAGUGUAUUGAAGUUUUCGGGGACAUUGAGGAUUGCAGCUCUUGGAGUCUUUCUCCUGUGGUACUCAUAAAAGUUGUACGAGGCUGUUGGAUUUUGUAUGAGAAACCAAACUUUGAAGGACACUACAUCCCCUUGGAAGAAGGAGAAUUGGAGCUCUCUGGCCUCUGGGGCAUAGAAGAUAUUUUGGAAAAAAGUGAUGAAACAGAGCCUGCCAAGCCUGUGGUGAUUGGUUCAAUCAGACAUGUGGUCCAGGAUUACAGAGUUAGUCAAAUUGAUUUAUUUACUGAACCAGAAGGGUUGGGACUUCUGAGUUCCUACUUUGACGACACUGAAGAAAUGCAGGGUUUUGGUGUGAUGCAGAAAACUCGUUCCAUUAAAGUACACCAGGGCACAUGGCUGAUUUAUGAAGGACCUGGAUUUCAGGGUGUCCCUUUUAUACUGGAACCUGGUGAAUAUCCUGACUUGUCCUUCUGGGAUACAGAAGAAGCCUACAUUGGAUCCAUGCGUCCUCUGAAAAUGGGUGGCCGUAAAGUUGAAUUCCCUACAGAUCCAAAGGUAGUUAUUUAUGAAAAGCCUUUCUUUGAAGGAAAAAGUAUGGAACUAGAAACAGAAAUGUGUAGUUUUAUGGAAGGAGGUGAAACAGAAGAAAAAACGACUGGAGAUGAACGUUUGCCAUUUACAUCAGUAGGGUCUAUGAAAGUCCUAAGAGGCAUUUGGGUUGCUUAUGAGAAGCCUGGAUUUACAGGUCAUCAAUAUUUGCUUGAAGAAGGAGAAUACAAGGAAUGGAAAGACUGGGGAGGUUACAGUGGAGAACUUCAGUCACUAAGACCUGUAUUAGGUGACUUUUCAAAUGCUCACAUGAUAAUGUACAGUGAAAAAAACUUUGGAUCCAAAGGUUCCAGUAUUGAUGUAUUAGGAAUUGUUGCUAAUUUGAAGGAGACUGGCUAUGGAGUGAAGACACAGUCUAUCAAUGUACUGGGUGGAGUAUGGGUAGCCUAUGAAAACCCAGACUUCACAGGAGAACAGUAUAUACUGGAUAAAGGCUUUUAUACCAGUUUUGAGGACUGGGGAGGCAAAAAUUGUAAAAUCUCUUCCGUUCAACCCAUUUGUUUGGAUUCUUUUUCUGGCCCGAGGAGGCGAAAUCAGAUUCACUUGUUUUCGGAGCCGCAGUUUCAAGGCAGCACUCAAAGUUUUGGAGAAACGACCAGUCAAAUUGAUGACUCAUUUUCUGCCAAGUCUUGCAGAGUUUUAGGAGGCAGCUGGGUUGCAUAUGAUGGAGAGAAUUUCUCGGGUAAUCAGUAUGUUCUGGAAGAAGGCCACUACCCUUGUCUCUCUGCCAUGGGAUGCCUGCCUGGAGCAGCUUUCAAGUCUCUUCGUUUCAUUGACGCUGAAUUUUCUGAACCAACAAUUAUUCUUUAUGAAAGAGAAAACUUCAAAGGAAAAAAGAUCGAGCUCAAUGCAGAAACAGUUAAUCUCCGAUCCCUAGGAUUCAACACGCAGAUACGCUCUGUUCAGGUGAUUGGUGGCAUAUGGGUUACUUAUGAAUAUGGCAAUUACCGGGGUCGACAGUUCCUACUGUCCCCAGCGGAAGUGCCUAAUUGGUAUGAAUUCAGUGGCUGUCGCCAAAUAGGUUCUCUACGACCAUUUGUACAGAAACGAAUUUAUUUCAGACUUCGAAACAAAGCAACAGGGUUAUUUAUGUCAACCAAUGGAAACUUAGAGGAUCUGAAACUACUUAGAAUACAGGUCAUGGAGGACGUCGGUGCUGAUGAUCAGAUCUGGAUUUAUCAAGAGGGAUGUAUCAAAUGCAGGAUAGCAGAAGACUGCUGCCUGACUAUCGUGGGGAGCCUGGUAACCUCUGGCUCAAAGCUGGGCCUGGCCCUGGACCAGAAUGUUGACAGUCAGUUUUGGAGCAUGAAGUCGGAUGGCAGGAUCUACAGCAAGUUGAAGCCCAACUUAGUUUUAGAUAUCAAAGGGGGUACACAGUAUGAUCAAAAUCACAUAAUCCUUAACACUGUCAGCAAAGAGAAGUUAACACAAGUGUGGGAAGCAAUGGUCCUUUAAACCAGAAGAAUACCAGAGCACUAUUUCUGGAGGUGCUUUCAGCUACCUUAUUUAAGAAAAAAACAAGAGCUGCUGACAGAAGAAGCAAGACGCAAGCAGGACCUACCUUCAACUGGGACAACUGUUGAAACAAUAAUUUUAAGACAAUUGUUUUAAAGCAGUAAUUUGUCCUUUCAGUUCUUGCUUUUCAUUUCUUUUUAGUAGCUGCUUAAACAGGCUGCUUCAUUAGCAGCUUUUGGGUAUUUAAGAAAAAAGAUUUUAUCAAAACUUUAGAAAUAAUUUAGAGUCUUAAACACAAUGAACAGGGACAAAUUCACUUGACUUUGUAGACCUACAAAUUCCCAACACUAUAAAGGGAAGGAUAAGAGCUUGAGUUGUAAUCUGUUCAGCAUCUGAGAAGAAUUCAUUAGGUCUGUCAUUUUGGACUAAAUGGCUCUGGAACCAUUAUUAUUUUAGUGUUCAGCCAUUUUUUCUUUUGUUAUAAAUUAGUAAGUUUACAAGAUUUCACGAACAUGUCUGCUAAUAUUUGUUAAUAGGAUUUGGCUACUUUUUCACCCCUGGGCUGCCCAAGAAUGUCACAAAUGUUGUUAAAUUCUUUUCUUACAUAUGCCAUUGAAACAGUAUUACCUUAACCUAAUUUAUUAGGUAUUUUCAUCUACAGUUAACUUUGAAGUGAUGUUAAAUUUCAAAACUUAGGUCUCUUAUCCAGCCCCACUGACAUGAGGCCUAUGGGGUCACCUUACCUGGAGUGUUCUGCAAGCUAUUCAUCGUGCCUGCCCAUGGACAGCCUCAGGGUAUUGUGGCCCAUGUGGUCACUUAGCUGGUAGUAAGCAGAAAUGAGAUGUGGAAAGCUCAGAAGGAUGACCAGUAGUUAUCUCCAGAAAGUGAAGGAAAGGAGGCCUUAAGAAUCUUUGUUGAAGCCUGAAAACCCUAAAAAAUGCGCAAGCAUUUCAACGAAGAUUAAUAAUUAUGUUUAACCAAGGACAAUUUGCUGGCCCACGUGGUGCUGUUCAAAUCGCGCAGUCAGCUAAUGAAACUUCUGAACCUUCCUUGACUAUACUCUUUAUCUUGUCCUCAGUUCACUGUCCUUGUCACUAAAUACUGGUGCUCUCGUCACAGGAAGAACAAUCUUGUUUCCCUUUCAUCUGUUCUGGUGUGUUUCUCAUUCUAAAAUGUUGGUCGUUCUAGGGAGUCUCUAGUAGGCAAUUCUGGUCAUCAGAGUAGUUUUUCAUUUUAAAGUAACAUUUGCACAUGUACAACACAGUCAACAUGUCUGUCUUGUUCUUAGAUGUAUAGCUUUGACUUUAGGCCUUUUGUGCAUAUCUUUACAGCAUGGUGGGUAAGACAUACUACAAUAGACUGUAUAGAUUUAUCUCCUGAAUAAACUUGUUCUCAUUAACCAUAUUGAUGAAAUUUGAUAGAAUCCAUUCAAUGCUCUCCUAACACUGCAGAUUAGAAACACAUGUCUGAGUAGCAGGAGGCAGGACUGAGGGAUACCAACUUCCCUCUUCCCUGACUUCAUGGACAGGGGUAUGUGCUGCUUUUCUGAGAGUGGCCACGAGCGUGAGCUCCUGUCUAGAGUUCCCCACUCACCUCCAUAUGGAGAACUCAAGGGAAACAGAAGGGCUUGUUCAGAUGGAAGUGGAAGGAGCUCUAUUUACAAAUGGAAGCGCUCUCACUCAGUACACUAACCAAACAAAUGUCUAAGAGGAAUAAACCAAAUAGAAAGUUACUCAAAACAGGCAUACACAAAAAGAGGCAAAUUUCUAAGAUACAACAGGGAGGGUAAGUGCAAUGGAAGUGAACACCUUAAAAAACACAGGAGAGACCCAGGAGCUACAAUGGACUUCACAGCCAUACCUAAAGGCAGACAUUCAAACUCAACUGGAAAACUUGGGGUCCCCUGGGAACGGCUGCACUUUCCAUGGAAAGGUCUUCAGAAAAACACGUUUCAAUCACUGAAAGAGGCCCAGUCCUUAUGCAAAUGUAAGGAUGUAAAAAAAUUAGAAAUUUUAGCAUCACCUUUCAUUACUAAGAAAGGAAACCACCAAAUAGAUAACUGAUCAGGUUUUUAUAUAUAAACUAGAGAGUCAGGAUUUUGAGAGCCACUAUGACAAAAACAAGCCUUUGGUCAGUGGGGACAAACAAGUGUUCAUGAUACAUAUAUGGAAGAAGUAGUUUUAAGUAAACUCUUGCCAUCUAUCCACCUGCCAGAAGUUCUAGUAUCUUACAGACGUUAAGAUAAACAAUUUGAGCUAUUAGGGGAGUAGGUGCCACUGUAAUUUGCACAUUUGCUGUGAAAGAACAGCUUGAAAACUGGCCCAAGUACAGAUAGUUUUCUAUUAUGUCUCCUU